CUUCUUCUACCUCCUACGUAGCCUCCCGUGACAAUCUCGUCUGGUUUUACAGGCCCAAAAGCUCAUGUUCAUCGGCCUUCCUCUCCUCAUGAAUCAUUGAUUUCAUCACCUCUUCAAUUUCAUAUUGUUUGGGUGUCUCUUGUUACAGCCUCAAAAUGAAAAUUUCAUUCCUUUCAUGGCUUUUCUUGAUGCCCAUUUAUUCACUUCUCCUCCACUUUUGUAUCUCUGUGGCAUUUUGUCAAACUCUUGGCGAUCAGCAAUCCUUGAUGCUCCAAUUGAAGAAGAGCCUCCUAUUCAACAGGGAUCGGUCCACAAAACUGGUGCACUGGAAUCAAAGUGUGGAUUGCUGUUUGUGGGAAGGUGUAACCUGCAGCGAUGGGCGUGUUACCAGUCUCGACCUGAGCCGUGAAUCCAUCUCGGGUACACUUGACAAUGCCAGUAGCCUCCUCUUCUCUCUACAGGAUCUCCAAUCUCUUGACUUGAGUUAUAAUUCACUGGAAGGAAGUAUUCCAAUUUCUCUGUUUUCCCUUCCAUCAUUGCUGCAAUUACAACUUUCUAAUAACCAAUUUUCUGGUCAACUCAAUGAAUUUCCAGACGUUUCUUCUUCCUUGCUUGACACCCUUGAUUUGAGUAACAACAACUUGAAAGGGCCAAUACCCAUGUCUGUUUUUGAGCUCAAAGGUCUUAAGAUCCUCUCACUUUCUUCAAACAACUUUACCGGCUCCUUGCAGCCUAAUAUGAUUCAAAAGUUGACAAGUCUUUCAUAUCUUGAUCUUUCAGACAACAGCUUAUCGAUUGAAUAUGAUGAAACUAAUUUUUCGUUAUCCUCCCUUCCCUGGUUAUGGACAUUCAACUUGGCUUCUAACAAGUUGAAAACAUUUCCUGUUUUUUUGAGAAAUCAAUCUGAAUUACUUCAUCUAGACCUUUCUGGCAACGAGAUUCAGGGGGAGAUACCCAGUUGGAUUUGGGGAUUUCGUAAUCUUUACGAAUUGAAUCUUUCUCAUAAUUAUUUGGAGAGUCUAGAUUUGCCUUUACUCAACAUGUCUUUUGUGACUAUCCUAGACCUUCACUCCAAUCAGCUCCAAGGGCAGCUCUCGGUUCUCCCAUCAUAUGCUAAAUACUUGGAUUUUUCGGAGAAUAACUUCAGCUCUGUCAUACCAGCAAGCAUCGGUAACUCCCUUACCUACGCUAAUUUCUUCUCUAUAUCGAGCAAUAAAUUUUAUGGGAGUAUUCCUGGUUCAUUAUGCAAUGCUACAUAUCUUCUUGCUCUAGAUUUGUCUGAUAAUUUACUGAGUGGCCCGGUUCUCCAGUGCUUAAUUGAGAUGAGUCCUAGGGUGUUGAAUCUAAGGAAAAACAAUCUCACUGGCUCAAUUCCUAAUACGUUUCCAAGCAAUUGUGGCUUACUAACUUUAAAUCUCAAUGGAAACCAACUAGAAGGAAAGCUACCUAAUUCUCUAGCCAAUUGCACAUCUUUGGAAAUUUUAGACCUUGGGAACAACAACAUUGAGGAUGCCUUCCCGUGUUACUUGAAGAAGAUAGCCACGAUGGGAGUCCUUAUUUUGCGAUCUAACAAAUUUUACGGGCCCAUUGAUUGCUUAGAGCCUAGUGCCGCUUGGCCAAAUCUUCAAAUUGCGGACCUAGCUUCCAACAAUUUUGUUGGUAAGUUUCAAAUAAAAUCCUUUUCUAGCUGGAAGGCAAUGAUGGAAGAGGAAAAAAUGACUUCUCAGCUCAAUUACCUUCAAUAUGAAGUUUUGUCUUGGGAUAUUUAUUAUCAAAAUAAGGUUACACUUACCUUCAAAGGUCUACAGGCGGAGCUGGUGAAGAUUCUAACUAUCUUCACCUCCAUUGACUUCUCAUGCAACAAUUUUGAGGGGCCUAUACUUGCAGAAAUUGGAGAACUCAAAUCACUAUAUAUCUUCAACCUGUCUCAUAAUUCUUUCGAUGGCCAAAUCCCACAAUCUCUAGGAGAAUUGGCUUAUCUUGAGUCAUUGGACUUAUCAAGCAACAAGCUUACUGGUGAGAUUCCUGUCCAACUUGCAGAUGGUCUUAUUUUCCUAUCAGUCCUUAACCUUUCGUUCAAUCAAUUGGUGGGAAAGAUUCCACAAAUAAAGCAAUUUGCUACAUUCUCAGAAACUUCCUACGAAGGGAAUAUAGGAUUAUGUGAUUUUCCUUUGAAAAAAAAAUGCACACAUGAAGAGUCAGGAUUAUCACCUCCAACGUCUGAAGAAACUCAUUCGAAUUCUGAGAAUGCAAUUGACGGGAUCUUUUUAAGUGCUGAUUUGGGAUAUGUUUUUGGUCUUGCAAUUGUUAUUGGGCCUCUAAUGUUUUGGAAGAAAUGGAGGAUAUGCUUCUAUAAACAUGCUGAUGACAUUUUUUUCAAGAUGUUCCCUCUACAUUAUAUUAAAAUAGAAAAUCGUCCAAGACGAGCACACAGGAAUAAUGGACGGGGAGCACGCAUAAAUCAAGGACGCAGGCAUUAGUGAUUGACAUGAUUAGCAAUGCAAUCAGAUCCGCAAGUGACUUAUGAGACGCUUAUGGGAAGUGGAAGCAAAACUGACCUUUGUUGUCGGACUUGCCUUGAUCACUUUUGUAUGUUUGUUUUUAGCUUUUAUUUUAAGAUUUGA